GCCCACACAACAGCCAAUCAAAACAGACGUCAGGCUCUGAACUGUGCGUAUUGCGUAACACUGCUUACGUGACGACGUCCACACUGCAGUCUCUUAGCAGCUGCAGCAGUAGCACAAACACAGCCCGCCCAUCAAAACCUCUGAACUUCCAAGCAGCUACAAUUGAAGACAAGGAAAGGACCAACAUGGAGGCAGCCUCUUACCCGCUGGACCCAGAUCUAUUGAGGGAGGUUCUUGAAUGCCCUAUCUGCCUGGAGACCUACAACCAGACUCAAAUGCGACCUAAACUCCUGCAGUGUGGUCACACAGUGUGCCGGCAGUGUCUAGAGAAGCUGUUGGCUAAUACUAUAAAUGGUGUGCGCUGCCCCUUCUGUAGCAGAGUGUCCCGUAUGAGCAGUAUCUCCCAGCUGGCCGAUAAUCUCACUGUGCUCAAGAUCCUUGAUUGCACUACAUCCUGCAGUGCUGCUACUGCUGCCUUAAUGUGCAAGUCCUGCUGCAACCGCCUACCACGACAGUACUGCCAUGACUGUGCCACAUUCCUCUGCGAGCUCUGUAAAGAAGAGGGCCACCUGCAUCAAGGACAUUCAAUCCAGCCAAUCAGGGUGGCCGCUGAGCAGCGUCGUAAAGAGCUGGGUGGCAAGCUGGCUUCUCUGCGUGAUGUCAUGAGUGAAAUUCAGAAGAAAAAAUCAGCUAUUGACAACAUUUCCAAGUCCUUGAGACUAAAGUACCAGGCAGUGCAGCAGGACUACGUGUCAGCUGAGCUACGUCUUCAAGAGGAACUCGGAAGGUCUCGGAGGACAUUCACAACUUCCAUGGCAGAAGUGGAGAAGCUAAAUGGGCAGGUCUUGGAGGAGCAGACAUACCACCUUAACAUUGCAGAGGUAAAAGUGGUGUCACGCUGCGAUUAUCUGACAAUGCUGGUGAGGCAGACUGAUAUCGCUUUGCUAAAGGAUGAUGGCGAAGGCAGAGAUGAUGAAGAGAUAGAUUUGAGUAGCAGCUUGCCCACCAUGUUUCAGCUGCAAGAGCCCGAGCUGGUCCGAACAGAGCACACUAGACCUGUAGAAGUGGGCCAAGUUACCACAAAUACUUAUACUGUCAAUACAGAGGAUGAGGAGAGUGGGCUGGAGGUUGCACUUGAGGGUGAUCUAGAGAGUGUAGCUGGGGCAAUGGGGGCUACAGGUGGUGGAAGGGGGGCUCCAUUGGACCUUUACAGAGACAUUGACAUGUUUGCCACUAUAGAAGAGGCAGUAUGUGGUUCACCAAGCAGCUUUAAGUCAAAGUCCAUGGAUGCAGGUGGGGGGUCACCUGGAGGGGCUGGGGCAAGUGCAGGCCCCCAAGUUUGCCAGUUUGUGAAGAAGAUGGGCUGCAAGGGAGCGCUACCUGGCACCUUCAAUUUACCAGUCAGCAUCUGUGUGACUCCACACGGUGAGGUCCUGGUGGCUGACCGUGGAAACUACCGCAUCCAGAUCUUCAACCGCAAAGGUUUCCAGCGUGAGAUCCGCCGCAACGCCAGUAGCAUCGACAACUUUGUUCUGAGCUUCCUCGGAGCUGAUCUGCCCAACCUCAUCCCCUUAUCCAUUGCCGUCACUCCUCAAGGCCUGAUUGGGAUCACAGACAACUACGAUAACUCAGUUAAGGUCUACACUAUGGAUGGACAAUGUGUGGCUUGCCAUAAGACGCAGCUGAUUAAACCCUGGGGCAUUACCGCCACGCCAUCAGGCCAGUUUGUUGUGUCAGAUGUGGAAGGGGGCAAACUAUGGUGUCUAACAGUGGACCGCAAUGUAGGUGUGGUCAGCUACAACCGAUUGUGCUCUGCCGUGCGGCCAAAGUUUGUGACGUGCGAUGCGGCUGGAACAGUCUAUUUCACCCAGGGUCUAGCCCUGAACUUUGAGAAACGUCACAAUGAGCCCUACCUCGAAGGUGGCUUUUCUAUUGGCUCUGUAGAUAAAGAUGGUCAGCUGGGAAAGCAGCUCAGUCACUUCUUCUCAGAGAAUGAGGACUUCCGCUGCAUCACCGGCAUGUGUGUGGAUAUCAAUGGGGAUUUGCUGGUAACGGACAGUGGCAGAAAAGAAAUCCUCCAGUUUCCCAAAGAGGGUGGAUUCAAAGUUCUCAUCCAGGAAGGUCUGACCUGCCCUGUAGGAGUGGUCACGACCCAGAAAGGACAGCUGCUGGUGCUUGAUUGUUGGGACCACUGUGUCAAAGUCUACACUUACCUUCAGAGGAGGCACUCCUCCACUUCCUAGAGGGACAAUUCAGUCUAUCUGGACAUGAGCAUGAGAGAUGUAUUAGGUAUGUGUUGGAAAGUGUGUUUGGAAGUUUGAGAAAGGUAGACUCACACUGUAACCUGUCACUUUAGUUUGGCUGCAGACCAAACAAGUCUUUUUUGGGUUAUUAAAUGAUAAUUAUAGUCAAACUGGUUCAGUUUGAAACCCACUGCAUUUUAUUUUAAUCAAAUACAAAUGAUGCUACUUAAGCUGCCUAUUAUCUAAUAAUUUAAAUGACAAACAAAACUUGGUAAAUUGUUUUACUACAAAUAAUAAUUGCAAUAGUUGUCAAUAGAAGCCAACAAUGUUUUACUGAUACAUGCACCAUUCAGCCGGAAUGUGUGUGAUGUAUGGCUUUCACUGAUCUGGCUCAGACAUGCAAAACAUAAAUAUGAUAAAGAAAAGCUGACAUAUUUGCAUAUAAAAUGAAGCAUACCAAGGCUUUGGGCCUGUGAAGCACUUUAUUAUUGACACAACACUGUUUCCUAGUGUGAGGUUUUAGUAGCACAGGCUAACAUCGAUGUUGCUGAAUACAGCAGGCAGCUUUAAUGUUUACUGUGCAGUCAGCUAAUGGCAAACAGUAAGAAAGUAUACAAAUUCAUUGGAUUUCAUUCAGCAGCAUUCAGGGAACAUUAAGCUUAGAAUAUUAUCUUACCUACAGGAUAGAGGGUUGAAAAACUAAAUUACAACAUGAUAGGCAAUGGUGUCAUUUUCCUGGCUGCUGCAGGUUAACACUUCUUUGAGGGUAAUGCAAACAGAAUCAGGGUUACUGAUGUUUCAUUUGUAGGCCACAUUAUUAUCAUUUUGUCCUGGUACCUAAUUAAUACUGCCUAGCUAGCAUAUGUGCUGUGUAUUUUAAAUCAGCGCACCAGCUUAAAAAGCAAAUAUGACUAAAAAUCUAAUGUAUGAUCAACAAACAAAAAAUGUUCUGUCCAUUCUUUCAUUCAACCUCUCCAUGUGAGUUACAAGCCACUGCCUCACUUGUGUCACUAGGAGGCAGGCUAACCUUCUGCAAGAUAACAUGUCAUCUGCCCCGUACUGUAUCCUAUUUUAGUUGUACUUCAGUCAAACGUAUACAAUUUCAGGCCUCUACAUCACCUUCUGUUUGCCUUUCAUUUAACCUGAACCAUGAAAGUAGCUUUGAUCACUUACACUGUAGCUCCUUUUUCUAAUUCCCACUUGUCAGACAGAAUUGUGUCCAUUGUUAUUAGCGUACCAAAUGUUCAAGAUCAUUGUUAUAACAUGAAAGGCUUUAAAUUGCAUUAUUAUUAAGGACUAACCUUCAAGUAAAUCAUGCAAUCUUCUAUCAAUUACUUUUUUUGUUUCCAGUAAAGCCGACACCAAAAAAUAGCUCUAGCACCUGGACCACAUGAUCACACAUCAGGUAUCUUUACAACCUAAAUAAUCUUUAGAAACGUUUUUCAAACCUCUUCCAGAGAACUUUUGCCUUGCCAUUGUUUCCAUGCCUGGUCUGUGGUUACACAAUCUUUAUGGGAAAACCUGCAGGAGUGUUCAGAAUAUCAUUGCAAAUAUAAUAAUAUGAGGCGAAUACUCACACACCAAACCUGGCUCUGUUACACGGGGAUGUUGGUUGCAUGUUGCUAUGUCACCAUGAGGUUUUUAUUUAACACUAGACAACUUGCAACCUGAGACAACAGCCAUAUACCGUGUUCUUGAAUAAGUGGAAGUCAAGUUCAUCUUCAGCUUAACUGAUUUCUGGGUCCAUAUGAAGCAUUAGAAAGCUGCUUUUGUCAGGUAAAAUACAAAUAAAAAAAGACACUUUUAAAUCGUAAUAUUUUGUGAAAUAUGGGGAAUCAAAUUAAUCAUUGAAACCCUGCCCUGUUUGUAUCUGAUGUCCUUACAUUCGUAGAUAGUAAAUAUGCCUUCCUGCCAAUAUGUAUCUUCUUGAUAUGCUCAUAAGAGUUUAUCAUAUAGUAACUCAGCCUUAAACAUGGUUUCACAAAACUGACCUUAACUCUGCACCUGGAGCCCUAUUUAAAAGAAAAAAUACAAAUAUAUAUAUUUAAAAAAUCUGACUGUGUUGUAAACAAUAGUUGUGUGUGAAAUUUCAAAUAAGUAAAGUGUUGAGGUUAAGGAAUAGAUAGAUCUGAAUUUGAGUACACGGUGAAGUUAGUUAUUUCCUUGUGCUUUUUCACUUUACAUUACAUAUUUGUUUUAAUUGUUAUGCCAUGUAAUAUCUCAACACUAAAUAGAUUGUGAUUCAAGAUUGUCUCAGCUGCAUGUCAACCUUGCCAUAAAAAAACACUGUUCUUGAGUGCUUUCACUGUAUUCAUGGUAAACAGAAGUAGUUAUCACUAGAAUAUUCAAACGUUACAGAUAGAAACAUCAAGUGUCAGUGUACUGAACUUCAGUGUUUCACAUCUGAAUACGUAUUCUUCCAUGUAAUUGAAGAUAAAUGUUUCCCUUCGAUGACCAAUGGAUCUUAAUACCGCCAUGUGUCCACACCUUAUGUUCAUGAACCAAACUCCCAAGUGUUUCAGGUGUAUUGACCUUUGGAGGCGGUGCA